AUGUUCUCAACAAAGUUUGCCAUUGCUUGCUGCAUGGUCCUUUUGGCCGUUGCCACUGCCAACGCUGCCUUCACCGAGCGUCAGUACCAAGACACCUUCAUCAGCUGGAUGCAGACCAACAACGUCAAGUACGCCGCCACCGAGUUCAACACUCGUUUCGCCAUCUUCAAGGCCAACAUGGAUUAUGUCCAGAAGUGGAACGCCAAGGGAUCUACCACCGUGCUCGGCCUCAACAUCUUUGCCGAUAUCAGCAACGAGGAGUACCGCCGCAUCUACCUCGGAACCAAGAUGGACGCCUCAUCCCUCUUGGACGUCCGCGCCGCCCGUCACUUUGACCGCACCUUCAACGUUCUCGCUCUCAACUCGACCGUCGACUGGAGACAGAAGGGCGCCGUCACCGCCGUCAAGAACCAAGCCCAAUGUGGUUCAUGCUGGUCUUUCUCCACCACUGGCUCCAUCGAGGGAGCUCACCAGAUUGCCACCGGUAACCUCGUUGCCCUUUCCGAGCAGAAUCUUAUGGACUGCUCCUGGGCUGAGGGUAACAUGGGUUGUGACGGAGGUUUGAUGGGUGCUGCCAUGGAGUACGUCAUCAAGAACGGAGGUAUCGACACUGAAGCCUCGUACCCAUACCGUGCCGUCAGCAGCAAGAACUGCCGCUACAACGCCACCAACUCUGGUGCCACCAUCACCUCGUACGCCAACGUCACCUCUGGCUCUGAGGUCUCUUUGAUGUCCUUUGCCAACAACGGUCCAGUCUCCGUCGCCAUCGAUGCCUCCCACAACUCCUUCCAGUUGUACCAGUCUGGUAUCUACUACGAGCCAGAGUGCUCCACCACCGAGCUCGACCACGGAGUCCUCGUCGUCGGAUAUGGUUCUGGCCCACAGUCAUCAUCGACCACCGCCACCACCGUCACCUCCUCCACCACCGGUUCCGCCACCUCAGGUACCAUCACCUCUGGUAACUCCACCGCCUCUGGUUCUGCCUCUGCCACCGGUUCCUCAUCUGGUUCCUCAUCUGGUUCCUCAUCCGGUUCCUCAUCGGGCUCAAGCUCUGGUAACUCCACUGCCUCCAGCUCUGGUUCCUCAUCCGGUUCCUCAUCUGGUUCCUCAUCCGGUUCCAGCUCUGGUUCCUCAUCUGGCCAGACUGCCUCAUCCUCCUCAUCUGCCACCACUGCCACCACCACCACCACUACCUCUGGCAGCACCGGUUCAUCAUCAACUGGUGGCGGCAAUGAGAACUUCUGGAUUGUCAAGAACUCCUGGGGUCCAAACUGGGGUCUCCAAGGCUACAUCCUCAUGUCAAAGGACAGAAACAACAACUGUGGAAUAUCAACAAGUGCCUGUCAACCCAGCACCAAUUAA